AUUUAUUAGGGUUCCUACCUACAAUUGCAAUCUUUGAAGUAUAUACAGGAUGAAUGAAGGUGCUGGAAUAUGGUGCCCAGUUUUCAACUCAGGGGAUAGAGAAGAGGAUAAUGAUGGUUUUGAAGCUAUAUUUGAAGCCAUGAACAUUACUAAUGUUGUUGGAGGAGACUUUGUAAUGUCUAUUCUGUUAGCAUUACCAGUGAAGUCACUUUUGCGUUUUCAAAGUGUGUGUUCGUCCUGGCAUGACUUGAUCCUCUCCCGCCGCUUCAUCAACAUUCAUCACCAUCGAACCAAUCGCAGCAGCAGCUUGAUAUGUUUCCACAGCAUCAAUGAUGAGAGUGGGAGAACAACCUAUAACAGCGUCUCAGUGUCGUCUGAAGAUGGAAGAACCAUUAUUACCCCUUUAUCUUUACCUCCUCCUACUACUCUUCAUGAAAGACGUAGAAUUUACAUUGCAGACUCUUGUAGAGGCAUGGUAUGCUUUUCCUCUGGAUUGUGCCCUCAUUCAGUGGUCCUCUGGAACAUUGCUACACACAAAUUCACCACUUUCCAUGGCAUUAUUCAUAGAGUACCUCCCAAAAAUCAUAUUACAAUGCGGCCUAAUCGUAUAGCGACUGAUCUAGCUACAGGUUUCACCUUCCUUCCCAUCACCAACGAGUACAAGUUGGUUAGGAUCAUUCUCUACUUAAACCAUUCCGCUUAUAUUAGAAUCACAAGGUGGGAUGACAGUAUGAAAUUCCUCCCAGCAACGGAAAUAGACGUGGAUUUUCCUUACCAGAUCACCCAAUUUGGUGGUCGUUGUCUGAAUGCAAAUGAUGCUAUUCAUUGGUUAGGGCGUAGAAUCGAAGGAGGACGGAGUAUUGUAAUUGCGUUUGAUAUGAUUGAAGACAAGUUCCGAGAGAUCGGUACACCAUUUACCGACGGCAUGGAAUGUUGUAAAUCGUACCACCGGAAGCUUUCACUACUGAAUGACGAUAGACUAGCUAUUUUUGGUUCAUCAUUUAGCGACGAAAAUCAACAAGGUUAUUGUAAUUAUUCCUACACACUUUGGGCUCUAAACGACUAUAGAUGUGCUUCAGAAUGUUGGAGUAAGCAAUACACAUUUGAAACAGAGUAUGACCUGCAGCCCAUGGGUUUUCGUUUUAAUGGUGAAGUUGUGGUCAUUAGAAUGAAGGGAUUGCCAUCAAAAAUGUGUCUCUACGAUAGGCACACCGAUCAAAUUAAAGAUCUUCCAGUCGUUAUUGACAAUAAUAUGUACUACUCGUCAAUCUUCUAUUACAAGGAGAGUCUUGUUCCACUUCCCCCACCACCAUCAAACAACAAUGUUUGUUCUUUCCAAUAUUGCCCUUUUCAAUAUUGCCCUCCAUCCAUUAUAUAUCCUGAUGAUGAUGAAGAAGAAGAAGAAUAGCUUCUAUGUUCAAUUUUUUUAAUACAAACAACUCUUCUUAUUUCCUUAUUUCAUAAUCUUU